GUGUCCCGCCCGCAGCAGUUUGACGUCAUGGUGAUGCCCAACCUUUAUGGGAACAUUGUGAACAACGUCUGCGCAGGGCUGGUGGGCGGCCCAGGCCUGGUGCCAGGAGCCAAUUAUGGCCACGAUUACGCCGUGUUUGAGACCGCGACCAGGAACACGGGGAAGAGCAUCGCUAACAGGAACAUCGCCAACCCCACGGCUGCGCUGCUGGCCGCCUGCAUGAUGCUGGACCACCUGCGGUGGGCGGGGCUACGGGAAGGGGGAGGGCUACAAUAGGGGCGGGGCUAAGGGAA